AAUUAGAGAUUAUGUAGGGAUUUUGAAGGCAAAUUUUCCUCAAUCUAAGCUGAUUUGGGUGAUUUUCCUUUCCAACUAUGCCAAGCUCUCUCCACCUUAUAUAUAUAAUAAAAAAAAUAAAAACCAACAAAAACCCAAAUGAAAAUAACCCGUUGCCCUUGAAAACUCAUACACAAAAAGAAUACAACCCAAAAAGAACCAACAAAAGAAAAAAAAAAAAAAACCAUGGAGAGAGAGCGGCUUAGAAGUUCGGAGAAAAUAAUAUCCGUCUUCCAAGCAAACGAGUUUUUCGUGAAGAAAAUACUCUCAAGAAACUCUUCUGUGGGUCAACAAUCUUCACGAUACCAUUGUAGAAGGCCAGGUGUGGUUCCUUUCAAGUGGGAAUUGCGCCCGGGCAAGCCUAAAGAUCCUCCGGCCAAAGAGUAUAUUCCGGUCAUCGGACCUCCGCCAGCCAUCCUUAGCCAGGCUCUUUCUAGGCCUCAUCAUCAUCAUCAUGAUGUUCCAGCUUCUCCUCCAGCCAAAAAAACUAGGCUCUUGUUCUGGAAAAGAUCCAAGAAAAACAAUAAGAAGGUUAAAAAAAUUGGGUCUUUUAGGAUUUCUGAGAAUAUUAAUAUUGAAGAUAAUAAUGGGUUUGAUGAGAAAUUUGGGUUGGCUAAUUAUAAGGCUCCUGCUGAUGAUCAAGAAUUUUUGUCAUCUUCAUGUGAUUCUACUACUUCUACUUCUUCAACAUCAUCAACAGCUUCUUCUUCAUCAUCAUCUUAUGCUCAUAUAGUGCAUCACUCAAAAUUCCAUUCUCUUGCCAAGGGAUUAUUGAGAUGGCCAUUUUAGCAUUAAUGCUAGCAUUUCUUUAUUUCUCAUUAGUUUUUGUUUAAAUAUACACUAAAAAAAAAAAAAAAGAAAGUGUAAUUAAGUACGCAUGAGUUUGGAAAUUUGGCUAAUUAUUAAUUAUCAAAUGAUUUCAUGAUUUCAAUA